AUGGCGAAUAUUAGUACAUGGCUGAGCCAGCAGAAGGAGGAUCUGACGCGUCGUUGCGACCGCUUUCGCGAUGAUGUCAUUGAGGGACUGCUGGAGAAUGCUGAGAAGGAAUUACGGAGGAGGGAGGAAGAGCAUCAAGCUGAAUUGAAGAAGAGAGAGGAGAAGGAACGCGUCAUUUCUGAGCGAUUGAAUGACGAGUUUGUCAAGAAUGCGCGUCUUACGGAGGAGAACAGCAUCCUUCUGCAUAGGCUGGAGAGGUUGGAGCAGAAGAUGUUAGCAUCAACUAACCCUGGUCCUGCAAGUAGACCAUCACAUCGAGCACAUGCAUCCCACGAUGACGCCGGAGCCACUGUCUCGAAGGAAGAAUAUCACGAUCUUGUGCAGAGGUUUGAAGAUUUACACAAGAGACACCAAGAGGCGAUGCAGCGCAUAAAAUACCUCGAAAGGAAGAAUGUCACGGUCAUGCAGAAGAACAAGGAGAUGAAAGAAAGCGUGAGGGCAUGGCAGAGAUACAGCGACCGGAAUCAUGCGAAAGAGCAGAGAUUGAAGGUGCAAGCAAAGCAGAAGGAAGACUCGGCUCCCCCAGCUGCCACCAACCAGCUGCCACCUCGUCCUGCUAUACCGUCCAGUCCAGUGUCAUCCGGUAUGAAAUCUCCACCACCCCUUCAUCCAGUUGAGCGCUCGCCAGGUCCCAUCAGCCUCGCAGCUCCGAUUCGACGCAGUCUUGACAACCGUCAGUCACCGGAUCCCAGACAUCAUGACGGCGCAAGUGCGCAUGCGGAUGUGGACGAGCUCCCCCAUUCUUUCCAGCCGCAUCUUGACCAUCAGCAAGGUCCGCUCGAAGACGCCGAGAUGGCUACUAUCGGAGAUGAACUUCCUUCUAUCAGCAACGCGGACCAAUCCUCCGCAAGGAUCACAUCCAGUCAAACGGAAUACGAUGAGAAUGAGACUGCCGCAGAGCUGAUGCCACCUCCCCCCAACCCCGGGUCCGACGACACGCCUGAAGUCGUCUCCGAAAGGUCCCUGAAGCGUAAGCGGAAGGAUCCGAUAUACAACGACCCUAUCGGAACACCCAAGAACCCUGUUCGAGUGAAGGAAGAACAAUUCAGCAGUCCACCCGCUCCUUUGACGGCGCAUAAGCUGCUCCGCAAAGAGACCUUCGACUUGGAUGAGCUAGGACCUCGCCCAAUAACCACGCCACGUAGGAAAAGAUUUCGAAAUCCGGUGAGGCCGGCGACAUUGCGACAUCAGCGAUCAAUAAGCGAACCUUUCAUCAAGGAGGAGAACCUUCAAGAAGUCCAAGGCGGCACCACUGCUGCAGGUUUGCCCGCUUCUCAUAUUGAAGACGCGCUUGAGGUCAGAGCUUACAGUGAACCGUUUGGACAGGAGCAGGAACAGCAACCGGAACUGGCACCGGACCCUCCACCUCUUCGUCCCAUCGACGCGAACACUCGGAUGACGGCAAGAAAUGAUGAGCAUACUCCCUUGAAGAGGCGUAAGAGAGAUGACGCAGCUGCUCGUUAUUCGGAGAAAUUUAACCUGCUAACCGAAUCAGGCGAGGAACUCCCGCCUCUGUAUGGCAAGAGUGGACGCCUGAGGCCCGAGGCCGCGAGGGCCAAAAUCAACCAGAAAAUCAGAGCAGCGAAACAUCCCCGGACUCCAGCCAGCAGUGCCUCGAAGACGCCCACUACUGCACGAUCGAACAUCGAAAAUGUAGAACCGACAACCUCUGAUAUCGAUGACACACCUGCACCCGCGAAAUUUGCCCCUGUGCUCCAACCUCGUAAAAACCCUAACUCAGAACCAAAGCACUCUCCAUCCAAACACACCUCGGCCCAGCGUCCCAUCCGCCUCCGCGACAAACCCGUCCACGAGCUCAAACUCUCCGACUUCAAAGCUAACCCCAAGUACAACCAAGGCUACAGCUACGCCUUCGCCGAAACGGUCCGCAAGCGCGCAGACCGCGCCUGCCUCCCCGGCUGCACGCGGGAAGAAUGCUGCGGCUCGACGUUCCGCUCCCUCGCUGAUGCUGCUGCCCCUUUAUCUGCCUCCCAGGAAGAAGCGCUUCUAGAAGACUACCUAGGCGACGCGUAUGAUACCCUCCAACUCACGCAAAUGACGCCAUCGGAGCGCCGGGAACUCGUCUUGCAGGCACGGACGCGGGACUUUGCCAAUAAGUAUGGGAGGCAUCGGCAAGCGUACGAGAGGCAUAAUACGCCACCAGGGUUUUGGAGAGUGGAUUUCCCGAGCACACAGGAAGAGAGGGAGGAUGUGGAGAAGGCGAAGGCAUUGGAGAGGAAGGUUGUGGCGGAGAGGAGGGCGGAGGCGAUGAGGAGAGGGGGACGGUGGAUUUUUAGGGACGAGUAG